UGUGGGGCAGGGUGCUUGAAAAAGGAGGGGCGGAGGGUCGAGGGUCCCGUCGGAAACCCUCAGCCCAGCUUGCACCUUCUGAGCCCCAGAGACCCCGCCACUUGCUCCCGGGGCGGGGCGGGGCUGCCCUGUGACCCGAUUGCUAUGGCACCGGCGGUAACAAUCAGGCCCGCGGCCCCGCCCCUUCUCACCUCAGAUCUCCCCACUCCCAAGCCCUGGGAAGGGCCUCCCCGCCCCUCCGGAGCCCCAGACACCCACGGAGACACUCCAGCUUCAGGGCGCUCUGUGAGUGAAGGCCGCUCUAGGACAAGCAAGGUUAAAGCAGGCCCGGGGAGGGCCCACCCAAGCCCUGGAUUCGGAAACUGGAGGAUCAAGAAGUUCCUGCACCCUGCGCCUUUCAUCCAGCCUAAUCUGGCUGCAGUGACUCUUGUUCAAGGGACGAUCACUUUGGAUAGCUUAUUACAGCUCCUCUCACAGUACUCCUGGUGUGCAUGUCACAAGUCGAUAGGAUCAAGAACCAAGUCGGUUUUGCUCUCAGGGGCUCUUGGGCCACCAGUCAAGACUCCUCCUCGCCUGUGAAUGAGCAGACAGGAUGAUGAAUGAGGUGAAAGAAUCCCUUCGAAGUGUGGAGCAGAAGUACCGGCUCUUCCAGCAGCAGCAGUUCACCUUCAUCGCUGCCCUGGAGCACUGCAGGGAGAAUGCCCACGACAAGAUCCGGCCCGUCUCCAGCAUCGGGCAGGUGCAGAGCUACACAGAGCAUCACUGCGGCAACUCCACAGACCGGCGUGUCCUGCUCAUGUUCCUGGACAUCUGCGCAGAGCUCGGCAAGCUGUGCCAGCACUUCGAGGCCCUGCACUCGGGCACCCCCGUCACCAACGACCUCCUCGAGAAGUGCAAGACCCUCGUUAGCCAAAGCAACGACUUAAGCAGCCUGCGAGCAAAGUACCCUCACGACAUGGUGAACCACCUCAGCUGCCACGAGGCCAGGAACCACUACGGAGGCGUGGUCAGCCUCAUCCCCAUUGUCCUAGACUUGAUGAAAGAAUGGGUCGCCCACUCGGAGAAGCUGCCCCGCAAAGCGCUGCAGCACGUGAGUGAGCCCCAGGCAGCCACCAGGGCAGCCGCUCGUGCUCCCCAGGCCACAGGCACCCAGCCUCGGUUAAGAAAAGACAAGUGUGGGCAACCGACACAAGACAGCCUCAAACCUAGGGGGAAAAACAAAGAAUGUUCAAAACCACCCUGGAGACCACCUGGUGGGAAACUAACUCAGCCGGUGACCUGCUUGAUCCCAAUCCCAUCCUGUCCCAUCCCGUCCCGUGGGGCACUUUGCUACUAAGCUUGGUUUCCACUAGUUGAUCCAUUUUCACCGGUGCCCACAGUCUUUGCCACUUAUUAACCCCCAAGGGGACCGCCCCAUGUAUGUCUGAGAACCUCUCUCCCUCUCGUGCUUUAACUUCUAACUUUUCCCCGCCUCCAAGCGUCAGGCUCCGUGCUGAUGAAGAGGACCCUCACUUAGUGUUGCCGGUAGAGGGUGUCCCGGGGAGGCUGGGAAAGGGCUAGGGCACCGACUGUCCCGCCCAGGCCCAGCUUCCCCAGCUGAGCUGCUCAGCUGGAGGAGGCCACUCAGCUCCCUUCCCGCCGCGGCAGCAGCCAUAGGCGAGACGCCACUCUCUGCAAGACAGGGCUGCUCCCGCCCCCCGGGAUGCUGAGGGCAGCACGCUGAACUGCUCAGUGUGAUCAGGUCUCUGGACCACAGCCCAAAGGGGAACGAACCCGCCUUGCCUCUCCUUUACUUGGGAGGGAGACUGAGAGAAGCCGGAAGAAUUGAUUUUGUGGCUCCCGUCCGAGGACAGUUACCUGGUUUUCACAACAUAAUUGAGGCCCAGACGUCGUAAAAUGCGUCACUGGCUUCCGAGCUUGCCAGAAGUAUUGUCUGACUGUUGGUUUCUGCCU